AUGAGGCCUUCGUUCUCCAUGCAACUAAUUCCAGCGCUGCUGGCGACUAUUGCCCUCGUUUCUGCUCAAUGCGCGCCUGGUUUCCCUGUCCAGGUAGACACAAAUCUCAGGGUCGAAUACCAAUCGACGAAUACAGACGUCGAUCCGGCUGGCGCACUUUUACAGCGAGAAGAUCUCCUUGACACUCCUACAGUCCAAGGGCCGAAAGGAUCAACUCGGACCUUAACAUUCAUGCUCUUCAUGAUCGACCAAGAUGUCUCCGAUAAUUCAGGCCAACGAAAACAAUUCCUCCAUUUUUUCGAGCCCAAUCUCUCUGGCGCCUCGGAGGUAUUGUUCGCAGAUUCCAGCGUCCCAAAUUCUACGGACGCUUCCCGCGUGGAUUAUCUCGCACCCUCGCCACCCGCCGGCGACGGACCGCACAGCUACACUUUCCUCCUGUACCGACAGCCAAAAGGCUUUCAAAUCCCCAGCUCUUUCUCGGCAUUCUUCCCUCCGUCAGACACCUCAGCUAGACUCGGAUUCGACACGGCAGGAUUCGCGCAGGCCGCUGAUCUGGGCGAGGCAACGUCGGCAAAUUGGUUUCAGGUCCAGAAUGGCGAAGCUGUGGCGUCUUCGUCGUCAAGUAGUCCCAGUGUUGAGACUUCAACUUCUAUUUCAACGUUCUCGGAAGCUGCUAGUACCAGCACUGAAGCCGCGUCUGUGGCGACAUUCACCAGCGCGGAGACUACUUCGACAGAAAGUACAGCACCCGCCUUCACGAUUACGACAGCAUCAGCAGCAGCGUCUACCGCAUCUUUUUCAAGCGAAGAGACUGUUUCUGCUGAGUCUACGAGCGUCACCGAUGUAUUCACCUUUUUGACUUCCACAGCUACGGACUCGGCAGCUGUGUUGACAAGCACUGCUGUGGCGACAUUCGUCACAGCUACACAGGCGUCUUCUUCUGCAGCGACUGCAUCAUCAUCUGGAUCUACUAGUGCCACUGCAAGCUCGAGUCCCGAGGCAGGCUCGGCUGCUUGUGCUAUAUCAGCACGAGGCAGUCUAGGAUCGUUGAUUGCAGGGUUCGCAUUGGCAUUGAUGGCUGGAGCAGGGAUGCUUGCAUGA